GUCACGCCUCGUGCAUCCUCUCCUCUCUAACCCCUUGCCAUUGUGCGCGUUGUCCUGUGCCGGUGAGCUAAACCACGCCGCAAACAUGAUGGGACGACCGGUUCUCGUGCUUAGUCAGAACAUCAAGAGAGAGUCUGGACGGAAGGUCCAGAUUGGAAACAUCAGUGCAGCUAAGACCAUUGCAGAUAUAAUCAGGACAUGUCUGGGACCAAGGGCUAUGAUGAAGAUGCUUCUGGAUCCCAUGGGUGGUAUUGUCAUGACCAAUGAUGGCAAUGCAAUUCUGAGAGAGAUCCAGGUCCAGCACCCUGCUGCCAAGUCCAUGAUUGAGAUUAGUCGUACACAGGAUGAGGAGGUUGGAGAUGGGACCACCUCUGUUAUUAUUCUGGCGGGUGAGAUGCUGUCAGUGGCUGAGCAGUUUCUGGAACAGCAGAUGCAUCCUACCGUGGUGAUCAGUGCAUACAGACAGGCUCUUGAUGACAUGUUGAACAUACUCAAAGACAUCAGCACCCCAGUAGAUGUGAGUAAUCGGGAGAUGAUGCUGAAGAUAAUAAACUCAGCCAUCAACACCAAAGCUCUUAGCCGCUGGUCCACCCUGGCCUGUAACAUUGCUCUUGAUGCUGUUCUUACUGUUGAGCUGGAGGAGAAUGGACGCAAGGAGAUCGACAUAAAGAAAUAUGCCAAAGUCGAAAAGGUGCCUGGUGGCUUCAUUGAGGACUCGUGUGUGCUUAAGGGGGUUAUGGUAAAUAAGGAUGUAACCCAUCCACGUAUGAGAAGACUCAUCAAGAACCCCAGAAUUGUUUUGCUCGAUUGCUCUCUGGAGUACAAGAAGGGUGAGAGCCAGACUGAUAUUGAGAUCACUCGUGAAGAAGACUUUGCCCGCAUCCUGCAGAUGGAGGAAGAGUACAUUCAGCAUAUCUGUGAGGACGUCAUCCGUCUCAAACCCGACUUGAUCUUCACUGAAAAGGGCAUUUCAGAUCUGGCUCAGCACUAUUUGAUGAAAGCAAACAUCACUGCUAUCCGUCGCGUCAGAAAGACAGACAACAACCGCAUUGCAAGAGCAUGUGGGGCACGUAUUGCCAGCAGAACAGAUGAGCUCCGUGAAGAGGAUGUUGGUACAGGAGCUGGACUGUUUGAAGUGAAGAAGAUCGGUGAUGAGUAUUUCACCUUUGUCACAGAGUGUAAAGACCCUAAAGCCUGUACCAUCCUGCUGAGAGGAGCCAGCAAAGAGAUCUUGGCGGAAGUGGAGCGAAACCUUCAGGAUGCCAUGCAGGUAUGUCGUAACGUUCUGUUGGACCCAUAUCUGUUGCCUGGUGGUGGAGCAGUUGAGAUGGCUGUGUCUCACAGGCUGACGGAGCGUUCACGAGCUCUGACUGGUGUAGAGCAGUGGCCGUACCGGGCUGUUGCUCAGGCCUUGGAGGUCAUCCCACGUACACUCAUCCAGAACUGUGGAGCUUCAGCAAUACGUGUGCUCACAGCUCUUAGGGCCAAGCACACCCAGGAGGGCAACUCUUCAUGGGGGGUCAAUGGAGAGACCGGAACCCUGGCUGAAGUGGAGCAGCUGGGAAUCUGGGAACCUCUGGCAGUUAAAGCCCAGACAUAUAAGACUGCAGUGGAGACGGCCAUCCUGUUACUCCGCAUUGAUGACAUUGUUUCUGGUCACAAGAAGAAGGGAGACGGCCAGACGGGUGGUGCACCAAUGGAGGACAAGGAAUAGACGAACAAGACGUGCAGGGAAAGGACAGUUGAGACCACUACCAGAUCUGCUGGCAAAUAGUGUGAAUGCAACUAAUGAAGAGCAUAUAUUCACACAAGCAUUUGUGUGCAAACACCUCUCAAACAGAAUGUGAUCUCAUCAGAAUUCCAUUUGCACCAUUGCGUUGUGUUGUACUGUUAGGCCAGAAGCUCAUUUCCCCUAAUUUAGUUUUUUCCUCAGGCAAAUGAAACCCUGGAAUGGAUUAAGAUGUUUGUGCUAGUAUCUUUGUGAUUCACUUGACUGGUAUUGUUUCUUUGUAUUUCCUACCGGUGAUAAAUUUCAAUAUAUA